CAAGCGUCGAAGACGGCAGCGCCCCCCAAGAAGCCCAACUCCUCGGCACACACCGGCAAAAGGCUGAAAGCGGUGAGGAGGCUGAACUUCGACAUCGACACCACCUCCCCCGUGUCCGGAACUAUCAUCAAAGAUGCCGCGGACUUCCAUCCGGUAAGUUUUUUUGUUUUCCUUUUAACAACUUGUUUUUAUUACCCUUGUGUGUGGUCGAUGUGGCCGUAGUCCAGUUUGUUUUUUUUUUUGGCUGUGGUAAUCACGGCGUUAACUGCUAAUCAAGUAUCUGGCUUACAGAGAGCUGACCGCGCUGAAGUUAUGCAACUCAGCUUAGUUUAGAGCAGAAUUUUAAGGAGGAAUUGUUGGUUUAUAAUUCAAACACGUGUGCAGCAUUAAGCAGUCGUUCCAGUUUAACGGAGAGUUUAACAAAAGUGUAGUGAUAAUUCCAAACUUGUCAAAUUAAUGAAAACAGGGUGUGGUUGCUUGUAAAACGUCUGGGGGUGUUUGUUACCAAUCCAAAUGAAAGAAGCUGAGCACAGGUUUAAACAAAUUAUUCAUUGCUUGGAUCCAAGGGUUUCUUAAAUACCUAAAUGCGGCAUCUAUUUAUAUGUAGAUAAAAGAUAACAUAGAGGACAUGGAUAAUCAAAGAUGACCAGCAUUGAUGCUCUUUGGAAAAUUCCACAACACAUCAGCUCCAUGAUCUUUUGUCUCUCGUAGUUGAAUUUUAAAAUAACAAGAAUAAAUGAACAAAAUUACGGGCUUAAAAUGUAUAGAUACUUUCACAACAUUCGGAGCGUUCUGGACGACAAGCUCCCACCCCAAAAUCUCCCCACCACCGCUCCUCAACUACUAAACAAACAAACACACACGCGAAGAAAUCAUCUCAUUUAUUUAUAGCUUCUAUAUUCUGUGCUUUCAAAGUUCACUUUAAAAAUCUUGUUUUCUGACGCCUCAGUCAUCAAUAUUGAUUAUAUUGAUCACACACCCCCACCUCACCCACACACCCCCACCCCACCCCCACCCCCCCCCCCCCCCCCGCCCCAAACCCUGAAAUCCAUCAACAGGAGGACGGCAAGGUGGUGUAUGGAGACAUUGAGCCGAGCUUCAAUUUUGUGGAGGUCACCCCCGAAGCCAGGGCGGAGCUGGAGAAGAUCGACAACAAGAUCGGCGACUACAUCUGUCAGCUGUGUAAGGAGUUCUACGAGGACGCUUUCCAGCUGGCACAGCACAGGUAGGUCAAUUCAUGUCAUUGGAUAUGGUCAUUGCCGGAGUAGGCCGUCAAGUUUAAUAACGCCAUUUCAUUGAUCAGUCAAUAGGUCAACAUAUUAACAGGUUACCUAAAAAAAAACACUGUAAUUUACGAUUACUGCUUAUCUAGAAGUUUGCUCUUGACUAUUUAUAAGACUUAUUAUACAGGCACUUGAACAAUUUUCUAUUGUCAAAAAUUACAAUAUUUAAGACGUACUUUAAAAUAAAAAUUAAAAAAACACAAAACUGCAAUAAAUGCAACACAUUUUCAUUUAUUAAUUUUUUUAAUGGGUAUUAGUAAAUUCGCUGGCUUUGAAUGGUCAUAAAUAUACAAGCUAUGAUGAGGUCUGAAAGGUCAACAUCAAACACAAUCGUGUGUUUAUUACUGGAUUAAAUUUCUUCAUUAUAAAUAUAUUUGAUUCCUUAUGUUCCCAGAUGUUCCCGUAUAAUCCAUGUUGAGUACAGGUGCCCUGAGUGUGAGAAAGUCUUCAACUGCCCGGCCAACCUCGCCAGCCACAGGCGGUGGCACAAACCUAGGGCGAGCGGCCCGACGAAGCUGCCCAGUGGCAACCCCUCCAAACUUUUGUCCUCGAAUCCAAAGAUCGCCCCGAGACCCGACUCCAACACCGACAAAUCGACGUUGGCGUCUCCUACACCCACCCCGCCUCCUUCCGAUCAGACCCACCUGACCGGUUCGUCCGUCCAGGCCUGUGGCGACGUCUUCAUUAAGAGCGCGCCGGCUUCUGAUCACGAAGGAACGAGUGACGACAGCCAGUCUUCGGGUAUACCCCGUAAGUACCACGAGCAAGCGUCUCACACGGAGCACGACACACUGAAGCCACCCUUCAGGUAUCUGGCGUCCAUAAAAUCAGAGGCGGCCAACUCGCUCUCGGCGGGUGACGGUAACUCGUCAAAUUUUAAGACAAUCGGAAAAUUCGAGAGCGAGGAGGCUUCAAAAAAUCCCCGCUGUUCUCCCCCUGCAAGCGUGUCGGUGUCGGCUCCUUCGAGAAAUAACACAGUCAUCGCCACCAAUCCCCUUCAUCCCACCACCUUCGGCAGCUCGCUUACGCCCGAGGAACGUUCCCUGGUUCUUCAGGUGCUGAGCACUCACAACCGCCAGUACCAAACCACCACCAUCACAUCGACGUCCACUGUCAUGACGCCCUUGGUCACGGACAGUCGAUGCCAGCCAGAGCAGCCUAUCAAAACACACGAUCAGCUACUGCCGAAAGAGAAUCAAAAAUUGUCCAACGAUCCGGCCUUGUGCCUCGGUGCUCAAAACGAAUGCGCCAAAUAUCUAGACGCAUACAAAUCGACCUCGCCGAUGAAUUUGAUACCCACCAAAGACCCGUGCGGCAAUCGAAACAAACCCAACAACGCCGUUCCAUCUCAGAACACAACCAACGUAGAGUGCGCGCUAUGCGGCAAAAAAUUCCAAAGACACGCUUACCUAAGGAAACACAUCCAGACC